CAUACACGACGUUAUAACACCGGUCGAGUCGCCAGCGUUCUUUCUACCUUCAGUCGCAACGGUUAGCUUUUGAUGGCAGGAUGUCAGGGGAAUAAUUACUAGAAAUCCCCGUCAAUUAAUCAGAUUUUCGUUCGUGAUUGUUCGUAAGCACCAGUAGUUUAGUCGCACUUCUUCAAGUCUGUGUUACAAUUUGGAUUAAACUUCCUUCCUUCAGAAUCAGCUGAUUGGAUAAUGUAAAUAAGGCUAUCCCGAUAAAGCUACAAUUAUGAUUUACUACUACGACCACCGCAGGACCUACCUCUUUAUAUUUUUCCUGAUCUCAGCAAUCGCCACACAAGCUGAAGACCUUUUAGACCAAUACGUGAAACACGUGGAAUUAGUGAACGGUUUCGAACGAACUAAGGAACAUUCAAACGAUAGUGCAGUUUUAAGGACGUCCAGUGAUGUGCUCGUGGAAGAAAAGUGGCGAAGAAAACGUCAAGUGUCGUCUGAUAUCGUAUGGACCCAUUCGGCCUCGUUGGAUCGCGAAGGUUUAGUAGUUUUAAGGUGGCAACCCAGGCACCAAGAAAUCCUGUUUCGAGUCGAAGCCAAAACGCUAGGGUAUAUUGGCAUCGGAUUCAGCCCAAACGGUGGAAUGGAAGGGGCGGACAUAGUCAUGGGAUGGGUCGACGACCGACUGUUGAAACCCAUGUUGGUGGAUUGCCACGGCGUGCCCAAAAGUCAAGGAAGCGCUCCGGUCAAGGACGUAAUUGACAAUUAUACUUUGAUGAGAGGCGUCCAGAACAAUACCCAUACGGUUCUCGAAUUCAGAAGAGCCCUGGAUACUUGCGAUCCAAACGAUUAUAUAUUGUCGAGCGACACCGUAAGGGUCAUAUGGGCCCUUCACGACAGAGACCCGCAGUAUGACACCACAAUGAUUUACCACGAGGAGAAAAGGGGGGUUCAAAGUUUGCACCUGUUAGGACCGCCGCCGGUCCCAAAACCCACGAACCUCCAUUUGAGAAACUGGGAUGUAGAAUUAAAGAACUUUAAAAUUCCAAGCAACAUGGACACGGUGUACUGGUGCAAAGUUUUCAAAACCCCAACAUUUAACGAGAAACAUCAUAUCACGGGCUUCGAGCCCAUAAUCGGUAAAAACCACGAAUCGAUGGUUCAUCACAUGAUCAUGCACGAGUGUGAACUCGACGACUACACGAAUUUCCAUCUGUGGGACGGUUUUGCGAAACAAGAUGGGCAACUCUGUUAUAGCAACAUGCCGGUCGAAUGGGAGAAGUGUCUGACUCCACUAGUCGCUUGGGCAAUUGGUUCCAAAGGUGAAUUUUUUCCUAAUCACGUGGGGCUGCCACUCGCCAAAAAUAAAAACUCGUACUACAUGCUGGAAGUGCAUUUCGACAAUCCGUCGAUGAAAACAGCAACCGAUACGUCAGGAAUAAGGUUGCAUUACACCAAUCGAUUGAGAGAGAACGAAGGGGGGAUUUUAAUAACCGGAGUGGCACCUUCAACUCUUCACUUCAUUCCACCAUUCCAGAAAGAGUACAAGACUGCUGGAUACUGCAGUAUCGGAUGCACCAAAGAGGUGUUUCCCAAAGAUGGCAUCAACGUCGUAUCGGUGAUGCUGCAUUCGCAUUUAGCUGGGAGAAAGUUGAAACUACGUCAUCUCAGAGCUGGAAAAGAAUUGCCUCCUUUAGCCCAGGAUGAACACUACGACUUCAACUAUCAGCAAUCGCGAGCGUUAUCACAAGAUACCAACAUCCUUCCCGGGGACGGACUAAUCACCGAGUGCAGCUAUUCGACUCAAACUAGAAACAAACCAACGCUGGGGGGUUAUUCCACCAGGGAAGAAAUGUGCCUCGCCUUCGUCUUGCACUACCCUCGUACCGAGUUGGCGGGCUGUUACUCCAUCCCUCCUGUGCGAUAUUUUUUCGAAAACCUGGGGGUCAAGGAGUUUUAUGGGAAAAAUAUGUCCGUGAUAGAGCAAGCGUUGCUCGAAGGAAAAAUGGAAUCGGAAAACCUACCGUCGACUACUCCGAAACCGUUCGAAACGAGACCCGGAGAUGAGAUGUCGCCCGAAGCAAACAUGAGAGCGAUCAUGGCCUUGCGAAAUGCCAAAGAAUACAGCAUAGACGGGGACACUGCCGAUCAAAACCUCUUCGACAAGUUGGUAAUCAAAGACCCGGAAGAGUUCCGAAACAAAACCUUCACGGCCCACCUUCAGAGCAUUCCCUACAACGAAACGGUCCUCACGAAGAAAAUGGAAGAAUAUUUUUACAACGGUCUGCAUUUGACGUUUUGCCGGAAAAGGGAUGAUACCCUGGCCAUAAAAGAAAACAUCGAAAAGCUUCCGAUAUUCGAAGCAUACGAUCCAAAAGCUAGUAUUUUAUGCAGCAACAAAACCAAGAGGGCUUCUAAUGGAUCGCGUGUUAAGCCGGGGAUUUUGUUAAUUGUAAUAGUAGGACUUGGGAUAACCCGAUAAGAUGAAAGGCACUCUGGAGGCCUUUGCGAUUUCGCUUUAGCAGGUGAAGAAAAAACAAACUGUGCACGGUGACGUUUUGUUAUAUUAGUUUGCCAAUGGGCAAAAUGUUUUGAAUGAUUGCGUCCAAAUGAAAGCUGCUCCCCUUUAAUUUAAGUAAAAAUGACAAUCAAAAGACGCUUUGAGGAAAUCAUAUAUGUAUGCCCGUUUUGACUGUUAUUAGAGGUUUUUCAAAAAAUAUGACUAAAUAAUAUCCCAAAGUAUCAUUUGAUAGGUCCUCUUUAAAGAAAAUUCAUAAAAAAUAAAUAAAAUAGCUAAAAGAACUGACCAAUUGGCUUUUAUCAUUGGACAAAACAAUAACACACCAUUUUCAUUUCAAUUAUAUUGUUGUCAAGAUGUUGUUCAAUGUGUUUUCUUAAUAAUUAGUUUUUUAUCACGCCUACGUCUAUUUGUCUAUAACAAACUAUUGGAAGGCAAUUUUAAGCAGCCUACACCGAUUAUUGUUAAAUUGAAAAAUCGAUUAUAAUAGCCUAAACCAGUAUACGAAACUUUCUGCUAUGAAAUAUGCCAAUGCGCAUGUAUUCCACCAUUUUUAACAAAUGUCAUUGUGUUUUGGUAAAAUUUUCAAAUAAUUUUAAGUAGUCGAGAACAGCGAAUGUAAGACUGUAGAUUAGGCUCCUUUGUUUGAUAGUUUUCCUCCCAUAAAGUACUUACAAUAAUUAUGUAUAUAAUUGCAUUUGCUAAUAAGAUGAGCGUGUUUGAAUAUGAACGAAUGAAUACCCUACGAUAUUCUGUUUUAUUAUUAUGAUUUUCGCAUUUAUUAUUUAUUUUUGUGUUUUUUACUAAUUUAUUUUUUUGUUUGAUUUUGUUGUAAAUUUAUUCCAAACCCUGUAUAUAGUACUGGAUGAACUACCAAAUAUAUUUUACUUUUAUUUAUAAUUCAUAAAACUUGAUGCUGUGAAUUGUUUUAUAUAAUGUAGUGACUAGCAUAUAAUAUACUUAUUUUUAGUACACGUGAGUAGCAAUUAGGUAAUGCUGAAAAGGGUAACUCUACAUUUUACGACUGAAUACCUUUUUGAUGAAAUAAUUUUAACGCCAGAAAUAAUCAUUGUAUUCAAUGACGAUAGAUAAAAUGGUCUACAUCUACCUGAAACACACGAAUCGAGCGAAUUUUAGCGCGUCAUUUGCCAGUAAUAUUUAAGAAUAUUGCCGGUAGACAAGGAAAUUGGGGCACCUGUAGAUAAUUUAUCUAAAA